CUAUUCGUCCAAAGUUAGUCUACGCGGUAUGCGUGAAAAGAAAGACGUGUAUCGAUCCUACUCGCGAAUUUUUCCGAAUUGUGACCGAAUUUUAUCAAUUAGAAUGUGAAUUGUUGUCGGUGUGGACUGCAUGAUAUUUAAAAGGAUUGCAGUGAGAAUGGACAGCAAAUGAUGGAAUAGCCACAACACGAUGGCGAUACUUAUUAACGACUACUACGAGCUGGAGGAGCGGGCGGGCAAGCACCUCAGAGCGUGGAAAGCAUGGCACAUAAUAAUGUACGUGCUAGCAGCCAUAUUCGGCAUCCUAAACUACGUGUUCCUGCACAACACAAUGUCAAUAGUAGAGGACAACUGCGUGCUGGGAGCCCCACAGAUCGUGCUCAGCCCGGUCCUCGUGUACAACCCAGACCGUGCCACGGCUAAUGAGACUGCAGUCGAAGCUCAACCUACAACCGUCCCUGUUAGUACGACUGAAACGUCGAGGACUAGAAGAAAUGAACGCACUGAUUUAGAGGAUGCUAUUGCAAAGAAUGCAUCCUUAGAAGAGCGGCCGGCGCUGGACCUGAUGAGGACCUUCUUCGGAUCGCGGACGGACUGCGAGUUCGUCGAGUACAUGCCAAUCGUCUCCACCGUGUUCGCGCUCGUGUGGACGACAUUGUUCGUCAUGUGUCCUGGUGGUGGCCACGCGCGCUUUGGGCUCACCCAACUGUGGCGCAUCCUGGCCCCAGCGCUGGUAUUCACGCUGGUGCUGGUCGGGCUGACCGCGAGCAGCUUCACGCAGACCAACCGCGGGUUGAGAGAGUUCUGCUCCGCUUUCUAUAACUACACCAAUGCUACCACUUGCUCAUCAGUAAACGUGUACAUGCAGAACUCGUGGAACGCCACGUGGAAGUUCGGGUCCCGCGCCGAGGCCACGCGCGCCGCCAGCGCCGGUGUCUGGGUGAGCUGGGCGUGCGCGGCCACGCUACUCAUCGUGCGCUGUCUGACGGCGCCCGACUUUCAGUUGAAGAAGACUGGGGUUUAUCUGGCUAAAGACCCUGGGCAGAAAAUCACGCCCCACCUGCUAAAAUCGCGACGGCGCGGGAGAAAGUCGCCAUCGCCCAGCAAGUCAGUCCGCUCCGAGCCCACGGCCACGACGGAACUGGUCACCAACCUGGAGCAGGACUCCGCCCCCACCUCGCGGCUCGGCACGCCCGUGCCGCACGGCGAGAAGGAUUCCAGCGUGUGACGUGGAAUCGUUUUGCCUCAACAAUCCAAGGGUAAACUACCCAAUGAACGACACUGAAAAGCGCAUCAGUGUCACUGCGAAAUAUCUUGUAUCUAAAAUGAAUUUUAUGAAAAUCUUAUAAGCUUUUUUGGUUUAUGAUUAUGAAUAUACAAAAUUGAACAUGUACUUAAAAAAAUUACCUAGAGCUUUUAUUCGGAAUACUAAGUACAUAAAGUUGGUCAAGCAGAUCUUGUCAGUAGAAAUAGGCGGCAAAUUUGAAAAAUAU